UCAAAAAGAACAACAAACAAAGCUUUUAUCGAUCAACAAUGUCGAAGAUCCCGGUUGUAACCAUUGUCGUGGCCUUACUCGCAGUGCUAGCUUUGCCGGCUCGCAGCCAGCAACCGCCGCUUAGCCAAUGUACGCCGUCUAUGAUGACCACCGUUGGACCUUGUAUGAGCAUUUUAACCAACAGCAGUACCAACGGAACUUCACCUUCCUCUGAUUGUUGUAACUCGUUGAGGUCUUUAACUACGGGAGGAAUGGGAUGUCUCUGUCUUAUUGUCACAGGAAGUGUUUCUUUUAAUAUUCCGAUUAACCGUACAACCGCCGUCUCUCUUCCACGUGCUUGUAACAUGCCUAGAGUUCCUCUUCAAUGCAACGCCAACAUUGCUCCAGCUGCUGCUCCUGGACCUGCUGGUACAUUUGGACCGGCCAUGUCUCCAAGUCCAGCAACAACUCCAAUUGUUCCAGAGCCAACGCCAGCAGCUCAGACACCACAGUCUGAUGCAACCAGACCUUUUACACCAACCGUGGACGGUGCUGCUCCUACGUCUGAUGACGGAGGAAGCACCAGUCGACCAUCUGUUACUCCUUCGUCCUCCUACGCUCUCUCACCAUCCCUUCUCUUCCUUGUUGUCAGCCUCGUAGCUCUCAAAUUCUACUGAUUUCAUUGUUUCUUUAAUUUCCUCUGUCUUCAUCCUCAUGUGAUUUGAUUUAUGCAUCUCUCAAACCAUUUACUGGUCAUUUCUUUGUGGAAUAAGCUUGUGUAUAUUUUGUUUUUGUGUGAGAAUUUUUACUUUGUAUACUGUCUGAAGUAAUGUUUCAUUUGCUUGAUGCUCAA